CGAAAACGCCUCAAUCAUCUCUUACUCUCUUCAAUUCACAUCAUGGCCGCCACGACGGCAAGGCCACAUUCUGUCGCUUACUCUGAUAGACGGCGGGCGGCGAGCGUAGAUUUUCAUCCUACAAGUGGCGAAACCUCAGCCAAACGAUCUGUUUCAACAUCUCAGGCACGCAAGUCACGAACAAAAAGCCCUGAAGUCGUUGGCCAAUAUAUACUCUAUUCCACACUUGGCCAAGGCAGCAUGGGCAAAGUUAAGCUUGCUAGACAUCGAAAAACAGGUCAACUGGCUGCCGUUAAGAUAUUGCCAAAGAUGAGCCUCAACGAUCCCAACCACAAAAGUAAAGAUCCGAAAGAUACACCAGAGCAUCGUCAUCGAAGAACCGAAAGAGAAAUAGCAAUUAUGCUACUGUUGAAUCAUUCCAACAUAUGCAAGCUGCUACACUGGGAAAUUCACGACAACUCUUAUUAUAUCUUUCUAGAGUAUGUGGAUGGUGGUCAGCUCUUGGAUUACAUCAUUCGGCAUGGUAAGCUGAAGGAGCGCCAAGCCAGAAGGUUUGGUCGACAAAUAUUAAGUGCAAUUGAUUACUGUCAUCGAAAUUCUAUCGUGCAUAGAGAUUUAAAAAUCGAAAACAUUUUGCUGACGCGUGACGAAAAUAUCAAGAUUAUUGACUUUGGAUUAUCCAAUCUAUACUCGCCAAAGUCCAUGUUAUCGACAUUUUGUGGUUCUCUCUAUUUUGCUGCUCCAGAGUUAUUGCAAGCUACGAAAUAUACUGGACCAGAGGUGGAUGUUUGGAGCUUUGGUGUAGUGCUCUUUGUGCUGGUAACCGGUCGAGUCCCUUUUGAUGAUACCAGCAUGCCUGCGCUUCAUGCGAAGAUAAAAUCUGGCGUUGUGGAAUAUCCAGACCACAUGAGCCGAGAUUGUGUGGAUUUACUCAAAUCUAUAUUGGUGGUGGACUCUAAGAAGCGUGCAACCAUCGCCCAGAUUGCAGCUCAUCCAUGGAUGAACAAACGAUACGAAGUCCCCAUUACCAACGAACUUCCCCGUAGAUCACCGUUGGCUGUGCCAGUAGAUAUACAGACUGUGGAAGGAAUGCAUGGGUUUGGUUUAGGCGACACCCAGGACAUAAAAGACAGACUCGAAUCCAUAAUAGCCACUCGGGAAUACCAGGCAGCGGCAAAGUUUAUAAACAAAAUUCCAGAAACGUACCGUAUGGAAAAUAUACCCCAACAGCAGAACCGAUGGCGCUUGAAGGAAAGUCCUCCCAAAAAGGUGAUUGUCGUAGCAAAUGACGAUCCAUUAUCACAGCCAGCCAUGUAUGAUCCAUUGCUAUCUAUCUAUUAUCUGGUGAAAGAAAGACAAGAGAGAAAUAGACAGGAUUUGAUCAGCGCAAAUGAUGCUGCUGUCCCAGAACUUUCCAUAGCCGAAAAUCCAAAACCUAUCAUUAUCAACAGUGAAAACUCGAGCAAUGAAAAGAGAUUCUCAAAACAAGAGAAGAAACCAGAGCCAUCAAAUCAUUCACCUUCAAACCACAUCAAAUUCACAGCUUCUACAAAAGCGCAGAAUGGUGAGAUGGUGGUCUCUCCACCCAGUAGUACUUCCACUCCAAGCAAUACCGACAAACGGGCUUCUAAGCGUCUCAGCGCAUUAUUUCAAACCAAACGAUUCUCAAAGGAUACCAGAGAACCACCAUCUAAUAAUUCUAUACCAUUAAACAAUGCGUCAUCGUCAGAUGAUCUUUCAAAACACCUUCGUCCCAACAGGAACUCCAAGACUCCUCCAGCUCCAUCAUCUCAAUUUCCUACACCCACAGGUUCUUUGUCAACGCCGAUUAAACGAAGCACUUUUCAGCAGAAUGUUAAUAGUUUGGGUAGACGGCUGACCUUCAAGCCUAAGCCGAGCCAAGAGGCUCCCACCCCACCGCUAUCAUCCAACGAACAACUGAAAAAGCCCACUAUACCUAGACCACGCACGACGAGCCCUGGCCCCAGUCCAAAUCGAACAGAAUCAAAGUCACCCAGCAAAUCACUUCGUUUGGACACUCGAAAGGCUCGCAAUGCGAUCAGUGGAGUGCUCAAUGGUACCAAAAGCCCCAAGAAUACAAGAGAUUCCACUGGCGCUAAUGGGUUCCAACUAUUUAAGUUGAACAACAAAGACAGUUCAAAGGAUAUAAAGCCGAAGCAAGAGGCACUGCAAGGACUGAAAGGCUUAGCGAAGAAUCAGCUAUUUCAUAUCGCACCAGAGGAACUCUAUCAGCAUUUAUUGAAAGUGUUGGAGGAACUUAAUAUUGAAAUAUCUAUUCGGGACAGCUACGAAGUGCCGUGCCAGUGGCGAUCAUGGAAGCAGUAUCUACAAGAAUCCUCGGUCUCGGUCGGGGUGGCCAAUAAUUCUUCUCGGUCUUCCAACACUUUAGACUCCUUAUUACAGCGGCGAAGUUCAGUCCAUAAUGCGGUGGCAAGGGAGGCCGAUGGAACGCUAUCGCCACCCUCCAAAAAUGUCAAUCGCAAAAGCAGUAGCCGACGACUAAGUCACACCCUUAGUGAAUCUGAAUCUCCUUCCCAUCUGGUGUUCGAUGUGAUCAUCUUCUCUGUAAGCUGGGCUAAACGGUAUGGCAUCCGGGUUCAAGCGAUCAUGACACAGGAUGAAGAGAAGUAUAGCCAUCUGUUCAAGAAGGCUGAACAGCUCAUUUUGAAUGCUCUGGAAGAGCGUUGCAGGAAGCAUCAGAUGAUUACCAUUUAAAACCUUUUAGUUAGUGUAUACAUCUAGUAAUUGAUACCUAUUUUUCCAACACCUUUUUUUAUUUUAUUUUUUGAUUUUCGAGUAGCUAAAGUAAUAUGAUAUUUGAAGACUUUCAAGUACCAACUGAUAACUUGAACAUACCCUGCGAUAGGAUUGUUAGUAAUGGAUACCCUAGUAUGUAAUGAUUUAGUGGAAAA